AUGAAUGUCUUUUCCAUUCUUGUAGCAACCUGUCUAGUAGGACUACACCAUUGCACAGGUUCCAGAGUUCCCACUGACGGACUCUUUAUCGAGGUUCUAGACGACUAUGUAGAGGAUGGAAUAGUGACCAGUGAAUUUGUAGAGGAGACAAGGAAGAAUAGAUCGAGUGGCCAAAGACAGAUGUGGGAUUUGUCCAACGGAACUGUCCAUGAAGUAGAGUAUACACAGCCAUCAGUUCGUAGACGUAAUGCUGGAAAGGUAGCAGAUGUAGCAGUGGAUAAAUAUCCAGUUACUCAAUCAUCUAGACACACUACUACUCUUGAUAUCUCAGCACUAGACAAAGGACAGUUUCAAUCUUAUGACUAUGACGGCGUCCCAACCAAAAUGAUGGUUAUUGGAGAUAUUCCAGUAACUAAGCUUGUUGACAGCCAAGAGGAACUAUGGAGUAGCAGUGAAGACGAAAAGUGUACUUAUUGUACACUCCACAUGAGGGAUGAGAAGCCAGUUCUUGUCUAUCUUGAAACAGAAGGCUCAUCUGGGAAGCCAUAUUCGAUAUUUUUAAAGGAUGGUAGUACAUGGAAGCCUACAAAUAGUUACAGCAUGGAACUAAAGAAGCUCAAAAUAACUCCAGAAUCAACCACAAACUUUACUCUUGAUAUUUCUACUAGACAAGACACAGACCAGUGCACAGCCUUUGAGGCUCCAUUUUACACUGUACCUACCAGAUUCUACUUUCCAAGGUCUGUGUUUCAUGCCACUGAGGUUACCCACGGAGGAAAGUCUGUAUGGAAGGGUGAGAACUGUCAGAGGGCAUUCGAUGUAAGUCUUCACUCAGCUGAGAAUCCGACUGUACUGCGCAUUCUGGCCAGAGGUGUCAAUGAUGAAUUCAAGAGCUACUACUACCAACUCAAUGGAAACAAGUGGGAAUCGGUACAAAGGGAUGACUUUAGGAGAAUCAUAGACGACUUAAAAUCGCGUUCACAAGAUGAUACCUAG